CUGACUCGGCGUGUCGGCGUGUCGGCGUGUCUGGUUCAAACGCUCCCGGGGACUCGCGCCGCGCCGAGCAGAGCGCCUGGAGCCGUGUGGUUGUUGUCGCCGGGCACGCGCACUACGCGCGCUCGUGUCGUGCCGCGUGUUGUGUUGAGUGUUUCCUCGAAGCCCUUCAGACUUUGUUGUGUUUCGCCGCGAGGAACAGCAGCCGCCGUGUAGCAACAACGACAACAUCAACAUCACCAUCAUCAUGAGGAGGGUCGCGCUGCUCGCCGUCCUGGUGGGGGCCGUGGUGGUGCGCGCCCAGGACCAGACGACGCCCAAGCAGCAGCUCUCCUGGAAGGAGCGCGCCAAGCUCGACUACCAGAAGCGCUACGAGAAGUACAUCCUGCACCGGCAGAACGCCCUGUCCGACGAGGAGAACACCAUCGCCGGCGGCAGCGGCGCGGACAGCAACGCCAUCCCGGAGAUAGGGGUGCGCGGCGCGCCGCCGCCGCCGCCACCGCCACCCGUGUUCAGGCCGCCGCCGACGACGACGACGACCCGCAGGCCGCCGACAACCACCUUCCGCCCGCCCCCGCCCCCGUCCACGACGGCCUUCCGGCCGCCUCCACCCCCGUCGACGACCACCUUCCGGCCUCCUCCGCCCCCGUCGACGACCACCUUCCGACCGCCGCCGCCGCCUUCAACCACCCAGUACCGACCGCCGCCGCCGCCGCCCACCACCCGAGCUCCUCGUCCGCCUCCGCCGACAACGACGACCACCCCUCGGCCGCCACCGCCGCCCCCACGACCUGCUCCUCCGCGUCGCGUCGUGCAGACGACGGAGGCGCCCGUGGUGAUCGGCGUGCGGGGCGGCUUCCCCGGCGCGGAGUCCGCCCCCGCGCCGGCCGCGCCCGCCGUCGAGCAGCAGGGCCAGCAGGGCCAGCAGGGCCAGCAGGGCCAGCAGAGCACGGUGUCCGGGACCUUCCAGUCCCGGCCGGGCGCCUUCCCCGCCUCCCCCAGCGGCGGCGGCUUCGCGAGCAGCAGCGCGACGGCCUUCAGCAGCGGCGGCGUGUCGGGCGGCUCGAGCGGCAGCAGCGCCGGCACCUACAACGCCGGCGGCGUGGCGACGGGCACCUUCUCGUUCACGACGGGCGGCAGCAGCAGCGCGUCGGGGAGCUCGACGGGCACGGGCGCCGUCAGCAAGUCGCCCGUCGCGCUCCUGGGCAAGGUGGUGCAGGGCAUCGUGCGGCCCAUCACGUCCAUCCUGCCCGCACCGCUCGGCCCCAAGGGCUCCAACCCGGGGCUCGUCGGCGGCCUCGUCAGCGGCAUCUUCGAGGAGCUCGACGGCGGCCUCCGCGCCAUCUACCCGGGGAAUAAGCCGGCCGUCAGGAGGAACGCGCGCUCCAGGACGACCUCCGGGCGCAGUGCGCAGCGCGUCGCACCCGCCCAGCGCGCGCAGCGCCGCCGCCGCGCAGCACGGAGCAUGCGCAUGCGCACGGAGUGAGGGGUACUUCACAACAAAGCAUACCCAUACUUUUACUUGUCCUUUUUUUCUGAUUUGUUCUGGAUUUCUCCGAUUUUUGAAAAUUAUUUUUCUUGACUUUUUUUUGGAGGUUAUACUCUGAUUUUUUUUGUGAGGUACCCCCACGGUGAGGACCGUCUCAACGGUCACGUCGUCGUAGAAUAUGGUGAUGAUGAUAAUGAUGAUAAUAUGACGAUGAUAAGCAGUUGUAGUACAGUACAUUCAGUUUUUUAAAGUACUUUUACGUCAAUUUUAUUUUAGAGUGGUUAGUGCCCAGUUAUUGUAACUCAAAUUACCUUUUUCUUUAUUACCACGAUACAUCGAGUACCUGCGUUUUUUUGUUUCAUUUUAGUUUAGACCUAGCAUUUCUAAUGCAUGACAGGGCUUUUUGAUAACUGCUAGUGCUUGUUUAUUUGAUGCUGCACGGCGAAGCACAGGUGGCCUGUAAUGUCUUUCGAACUGAUUAGUUAUUCAUAAUGUUUUCUUGUUUUGUGUGACUCGAUGUCUCGAUGCGAGAGGCGCGCUGUUUCCUCUUGCCCCCGUAUCAAUUCUCUCGGAGACCGAUCGAGUUUCGAUUUGACACACGCCAUUUCCCAGACUCGCCGAUACGCGGCCGUGGUUCUCGUGUGGCCAUAACUUUAGUAGGAAACGUGAAAUUAUGAUUUAUCAUAUAAAUGAUAAAGUGUUUGCUCAUUUUUAUCUGUGAUUUACUUUUUCCAUGUAGCAGAGUUUGAGACGAAUCUAGGUCUGUGUUUUUUGUUUAUUUCCAGAAACAGUAUUGCUGCUUUUGCAUUUAGAUAUCUAAGUAGCUAUAUAAGUUGGUGAUUGCCCGUUUACAAAAAAGACUUAAGCAAUUUUAAAUCGUUACCGUAUUUUUACUCUUAGCCCUUGUGAACUAUUGAAUAAAACUUCUUGGUGUGGACUCA